AUGAAGGUUAAGGAGUUAUUGAAGACUGUCAAUGUGGCUUGGUCACCAAAAGACCAACAUCCAAUUUUAUUAGCAGCAGGAACUGCCGCACAACAAUUAGAUGCUACUUUUAACACAUCAGCCAGCUUAGAUUUAUAUUCACUUAAUUUACAACAGCCUGGAUAUGACAUGGAAUGUAAAGUCAGUGUCCCCAGUGAACACAGGUUUCACAAAAUCAUCUGGGGAGCCCACGGUACCAAUCCAGCGGGAGUGAUCGUCGGAGGUUGCGACUACGGAUCAAUAAAAAUCUAUUCCGCAUCAAAGAUGUUAUCCCGCGAGCAAGACAGCCUGCUUUGCAACCCAGACCGUCACACAGGUCCAGUGCGAGCACUGGACUUCAACCCGUUCCAGAGUAACUUGCUAGCAUCCGGAGCAACCUUGAGCGAAAUAUACAUCUGGGACAUAGUAAACACAAAGACUCCCAUGACCCCUGGCGCGACGAGUAUGCCAGCAGAAGACGUACAGUACAUCCAGUGGAACAAGCAAGUCCAACACAUUCUCGCUUCGACCUUUUCCCAGCGCUGCGUCAUCUGGGACUUGCGUAAAAACGAGCCAAUAAUCAAACUAACCGACGCAAACUCGAAAAUCCGGUGGAAGGCGCUUCAAUGGCACCCGGAAGUCGCCACCCAGCUCUGUCUCGCUUCGGAAGAAGACCAGGCUCCAAUAAUCCAACUGUGGGACCUGAGAUUUGCCACGUCGCCGUUAAAGACUUUAUCUCACCAUCAGCGAGGAAUUUUGUCCAUCGCCUGGAACAAUCACGACUCAGAUUUGCUCUUAAGUUGCGCAAGAGACAACACGAUCGUCUGUUGGAACCCUAAUGUAGAGUCCGCCAACGACCAAUUUUUAUGCGAGCUAAUGCAAACUAAUCAGUGGAACUUUGACGUGUCCUGGUGCCCCAGAAGCCCUGGACUGAUCGUAGGCAGCAGCUUCGACGGUCACGCGUCAGUUUAUUCUCUCCUGGGCGUUUCUCAAGCCUCUGAAACUGCGAAUAAAAUAGUAGAUUCUUUCCCAGGAAUGGAUCCAUUCACCCAAGCGCCGCCAGUAGUAAAACGAGAAGCAGUUCCAGCAUUAAAGAAAGCCCCCAAGUGGCUGAAAAGACCCGUCGGGGCUUCUUUUGGCUUCGGAGGUAAGCUGUGUAUCCACGAGAAAGAAGUAGACGCCAACAAUGCACUAACCAGACCUCGAGCUUUCAUUUCCCAGGUGAUCACCGACCCAGACCUGGUUCACAGGUCAGAUGAGCUGGAACAAGCGCUGAAAAGCGAGCAGUUCUGGGACUACUGCCGCGGAAAGGCGGAGACUACUUCUGAUGAGCAUUUCAAGCGCGUGUGGAGCUACGUGGCUGCUUACUUCAGCGAGGACAUCACUAGGACCUUCCUGGACCUCCUGGGGUACAACGUGCUCCAAGUAAACGAAAAAUUGAAGAAAUUAUUGCCAGAUGAGGACAUUAACACAGUGACUGACGGUGUCGCUAAGAUGGAUGCCGGUAGCCUUCAAAAUGGCGGAUUCGACGGCAGCGCCGCCUUCGACGCGAUUGCGCAGCAAGAACAGAAGCGACUCACUCUUUCGCCGAAGCUUCAGUCGGUAAUGAAGUUUAAUACUUCCGACGACGAAGACGGCUUGAUAACCCAGGCGAUUCUCGUCGGGAAUAUUGAAGCCGCGGUGUCGCUGUGCUUCGCGAGCAAGCGCUACGCUGACGCUAUUGUGCUCUCCAUGGCUGGAGGGCCGGACCUUCUGGCCAGGACACAGUACAGGUAUUUCAGUGAACACUCCGGAGCGCUAAACUCGCUGAUUAAUUCGGUCGUCAGCGAGAACUGGGUUGACAUUGUUAAUUCCGGAGAUGUUUCUUGCUGGAAGGAAACUCUGGUUGGGAUUUUCACUCAUUGCAACGGCGAGGAGUGCGCUGCGCUUUGCGACGCUCUAGGAGACCGUCUUGCGAAGACAGAAGACCCUGCGCUGAAGAAACACGCUCAGAUUUGCUACAUCUGCGCGGGGAAUCUCAAUAAAAUGAUUUCUGUUGCGGACACCGAUAUUCAGGAGACUGUCGAGCUGGUGAUGGUGAUGAAGCGCGCUCUCGAGCUCCAGGGAGUCAAGAGAGUCGAGGUUGAUGGAAACAUCGCUGGAGUCUUGUCCCAGUACGCUGAAAUUCUCGCCAGUGAAGGCGACCUCGAAGCUGCGCUUAAUUAUCUUGGAGAUGGCCAGGAUCCGCGCAUUGUCAUGCUGAGAGACAGGUUGUGCAAGGCUUUGACUUACUUGCAGCCAGCUCAGCCAACUCAAGCGCGGCAGCAAGUCCAAGGACAACUGGGACAGUUCAAUCAGAUGCCGCAGAAGCCGGCUCAGAAUUUCUACACUCCUGCUGCUUCGAAGCCCAACUACCAGCCGACCCAGACCUGGAACACCAGCCCGCUCCAGAAUUCGUACGUGAUGGGUGGCCAGCAGGUCCAGACUGUCCAGCCUACCAGCCAGCAGCCUCCUAAUGUUUACUCGCCGCAAAUUCUCCAACCCCAGACCCCUCAACCGCCUCCUAGUUUGAUGACCCAGCCGCCGCAGAGUUCUGGAGGAAGCCAAUCAGGAUCUAGACCGCCGAGUGUCGGUCCCCAGUCCAGGCCCAAGUACAUGAUUGAUCCUUCGGUCAAACCUGCUUACAGUGGCUACGGCCCUCAGCCGGGAUACAAUCAAAAUUCUUAUCAGCCCUAUGGAAAUUAUACGGCCAGUUCCUAUGGGCAGGAAGCUGAACAGUUCAAGCCGAAUAUCAUGACACCGGCGUUACCGGCCAAUCCACCUUCUAUUUAUGAUCCAAGACCUCAGCAGCAGCAGCAGGUGACUCAGAACCCUCAAGGGUUUGUUAAUGAACCAGCUUAUCAACCUGGCUCUCAUAGUUCUGGGUGGAAUGAUCCACCUAUUGCUAAAUCUGCGCGUGCUCCGCCAGUUUUGGCACUGUACACCAAAAACGAAAUCUCGGCAGAACACGCGGGCACAAGAAGAUGGCGAGCUAAUAAGAAUAAGAACUCGAAGAGUACUAAGACAAUGCAGUCAGAGUACCAUCAAGGCCCGCCAAUGAGUAAUUACAAUUACAAUCAGGGAUAUGGCCAGAAUAUGAUGAAUGAAAGUCAAUACAAACCUUUUGAACCCAUUAAACCUGUACAACAACAACAACAACAUGCACCCGAAGUUGCAAGAGAAGUUGUACCUGAAAAGCCUAAAGCGCCUAUACCUGAACAGCAUCUCUCGCAAAAUACUUUACAAGGACUUCAUCAAAUAUCCCAAAUGAUCCAGUCCGGUAAUUACCAAAACGGACUGGCAGUACACACGCAAUUAGUAUCUGGGCCAGACUUCAGUCAAAUCGCCUCUUUCAUGCCCGGAAUAAAAGUCUUACUGCAAAGCGCACUGCAAUUAGGAGUUUACAUUACGUAA